AUGAAUACGAUGGGGCCCGAUCUGGAAGCCGGGUCGAACGGGUCACGAUUGGAUCAGGCGGAGACACGCAGUCGUCUGACAGGAACCCGACCGAACAAAAGGAGACAAGGUAAAAACAAGCAUAAUUAUGGGGUAGAGACAACAGCUUACCAACCCCGAGGAACGAACACAUACCGACCGCAAAUAGGAAACAAAGGAAGAUUCAAUCCAAAUCUGGAAGCAGCCCCGCCAUCACCCGGGGGACAAGGCCGCAAAGCAGGAGACGAGAUCCUGCAGGAAGCCAAUAGCUGUCAACCGAGCCUCAGUGACGUGGCAUCAACGUACAGGAGCCACAGGGCCGAACAGCGUACACUUGGCGAUGCAAUCAAUCAAGAACGGAGUAAGGGACGUUUUGUAUGCAGACACGCGCCCUCAACUCCUCGAGUUAAUAAGUGA